AUGAUACAUUCAUAUUUCACCUUCGAAGCUCGUAAGCGUUUUGACAAAGCUGCCCUUAUAUAUGACCAGGCACGUGAAAAGUUUAUGUCAUUGAGAAAAAGCACUAAGAUUGAUAUUGCCACUGUCGUAGAAGAGGAACUGAAGAUUGCAAGAACGUCGUUUGAGGAAGCACGAUUCAGUCUGGUUGGUGCUCUUAAUAACAUUGAGGUCAAGAAGAGAUUUGAGUUUGUGGAGGUUGUCACUGGAAUUAUGGACGCCCAUCUUCGAUACUUUCAACAGGGAAAUCACCUACUACAACAGAUGGAACCUUUCAUUAUUGAGGUUUUGGAUUAUGUACAACAGUCAAAAGAAAGUUUCGAUAAGGACCAGCUUUUACUUUUUAAAAGAAUGCAAGAACACAAAAAACAAGUUUAUCAAGAAAGUAGGCUGUCCUUGAAUGGCCCUUACGGUUCUCCUAGUGGAGAAUCUGUUCAUCCUUUUUCUAGGAUAUCAAAUGAAGUAGUAGAUGUAGUAAGCGAAUCUGCAGCAAAUGGAAAGGUUCAAAUCAUUCGACAAGGAUAUCUUUCGAAGCGAUCUUCCAAUUUGAGAGGUGACUGGAAAAGAAGAUAUUUUAUUCUUGAUAGUCGAGGAAUGUUGUACUACUACCGCAAACCAUGUAGCGUGUCAUAUGGCAGCAAUCAAUUAUCUCCAAGGAAGAAUAGUGUCACGGAUAAUGGUUCUGGGCUUCUGAGCCGAUGGCUUUCUUCUCAUUACCAUGGGGGCGUCCAUGAUGAAAAAUCUGUAGCACGUCAUACAGUAAAUCUGCUAACGUCAACAAUCAAGGUUGAUGCUGAUCAGUCAGAUUUAAGAUUUUGCUUCAGAAUAAUUUCACCAUCGAAGAACUAUACAUUGCAGGCAGAAAAUGCAGUGGACCAGAUGGAAUGGAUGGAAAAGAUAAAUGGAGUAAUUGCCUCCUUGUUGAGUAUCCAGACACUAGGAUCACCUCUAUCAGCUGACUCAGAAAACAGCCACUCUUACUUUACCAAUAAGAGUAAUGUGCUAGAAAGUUCUCCAGAUGAUGAUCUCACUGAGCUUGAAAAGGCCGCCUCCAAGAAUUUCACUCCUAGUAACCAUUUACAUUCAUCUAAAAGUAUGCAGUUUCCUAAACACAGUAUAAGAAAUGAAAAACCUAUUGAUGUUCUUAGAAAGGUGAGCGGGAAUGACAAAUGUGCUGAUUGUGGUAGACCUGAGCCAGAUUGGGCAUCUUUAAACCUUGGCAUCCUUAUAUGCAUUGAAUGCUCUGGUGUUCAUCGUAAUCUUGGUGUGCAUAUAUCUAAAGUAAGAUCACUCACACUUGAUGUGAAAGUCUGGGACUACUCUGUUUUAAGUAUGUUUGAGUCCCUGGGUAAUCAUUUUGCAAACUCAGUUUGGGAGGAGCUGUUAUGUUUAAGUAGUACUUUGCAAAAUGUUGACACCCCUGCUAGUUCAUCCAAGGCAAACAAAGACAAGCUAUUUCAUGCAAGAAAGCCAAAACACGAUGAUUCUAGUUCAUUAAAGGAAAGGUUCAUUCACGCAAAGUAUGCUGAGAAAAUCUUUAUUUGCCGGACAGAGAAAAACUCUGCGCAACAGAUGUUGAAAAGCAUCUGCGCAAAUGACAAGAAGGCAGUGUACCAGCACAUUGUCAAGUCAGAUAUGGAUAUCAAUGCCAUCAGUAGGCAAGCAUUUUCUGGCGUCUCUUUCAACGCGGCUUCUUUGAUUAAUUCAAACAUUUCAUCUGAAUGCGAGAAUCAGUUGAUUGAGGACAUACAAAAUGGUUCUAGUGUGCUUCACCUGGCUUGCCUAGCAAGUGAUGCUGGUAUGGUGGAUCUGCUCCUACAGUAUGGGGCAGAUAUAAACAAUUGUGAUUCAAGAGGCCGGACACCACUACAUUACUGUAUUACCAGGGGGAAGCCUGCUGCUGCAAAAGUGCUUCUUGUGAGGGGGGCCAAUCCAAAUGUAGCAGACAAAGAAGGCCACACUCCUCUUAAGCUUGCAUCAGAAACCGGCACCUUCUAUAGGCAUGUAUUUCCUGAAAACCAUUGGCUAACCCAAACUUUGCCGACCCAAAGUCAAACAGCUUUGCCAUUGGUUGGCCUAAAAACCAGUGUUUUUGAGGCAGCUUCCUUCAGAAUUGCUUCUCGUAACCGGAUUUUAAUCAGAAGCUGUCUAACUCUGGGUUCGCAAAGUUCGGGUCACUCAACGGUUUUUAAGAUAUGGUUCACUCAGAUAUGUUUCCCAAAGUUGUGGUACGUAACGAUGUAA